UGGCUCCGGCCGCCGGGUGAAGCGCCGUCGCGCGGCGGGCAGUGUGGAAGACCGGGCUCUGCUACCGGGGACGCAUUCCAGAGUUUAUAUUCCAGAGGAGAACCUGAAGAACAGCGCCGACAUGGAACCCGAAACUCCACCUCCUGCAGGCUGCAGCGCCCCCGGCGGCCUGGGGUGGAACUUCUUCCUCUCGUUCGUUAUUGGCGGCUGGCCACCGUGUUGGGGCACUACCGCCACCCGCUGGGCUGGAGUGUUACUGCAGACUGCUCAGCCGAAGCUCGAUCUGCAUUCGUGACGUCACGAGAAGCGCAGCCCCUCCUGUUGACAUCUCGCGAGAUUUGCGUUCAUUCAGUCGCGAGACGUGGAGCUGUCCGACAGAAGGUCAGCGCGAGGACGGAGCGCGGCGUCGUCCCAGUGUCUCCAGAAGCGUCCCGGACCCGGUAGAAGCCAUGGCCAGAGGCAGCCGCGGCCGCCCGGCGGCCCCCAGCAGCUCGGCGCCGUCCUACGCCCCGGCCCCCGCCCCGGCCCCCGCCCCGGCCCCGGCCCAGGGACCCGGCCUCAUGGCUCAGAUGGCCACCACGGCGGCGGGCGUGGCCGUGGGCUCCGCCGUGGGCCACGUGAUGGGCAGCGCUCUGACGGGGGCAUUCGGUGGAGGCGGCGGAAGCGGAAGCCCGGAGCCGGUCAAGCCGGCCUAUCAGGAGCCCCCCCGGCCUGCUGCAGCCCCGCCCGGCCCCUGUCACUUCGAGGUCAAGCAGUUCCUGGACUGUGCCACCAACCAGUCGGACCUGACUCUGUGUGAAGGCUUCAACGAGGCUCUCAAGCAGUGCAAGUUCUCCCAUGGCGUGACGUCGCUGGUUUGAAGGCUGUCUGAUGGUCUGAUGGUCUGAUAUGGUCUGAUGGUCUGAUGGGGUCUGAUGGUCUGAUGGGGUCUGGACGGGCCGGAUGCAGACGUGAAGCUCAAGUCGUAGCCUGGAUUCUCAUGUUCCGCUGGACGUGAGACGGACAGCGCCACGCCUCGGUGGACUGAGUUGGACUGAGUUGUACGAGAGGCUUCUGAAUGUAGUGAUCUUGUAAUAAACAGCUGCUGUCUC